AUGAUCUUUGCGUCAAGAGCGUCCACUGCUUGUGCCGUGACCGCCUUCCAGCCCAAGAAGCUCAAUGGGACUGUGACAGUGAAGCUGUACCAGAUGGCGUGGCUCGAGCAUGUGGUGACGGACACGAUCCUGAACUGGGACAAGCGCAAGGCUCACCUGUCAAACUCUGCUGGCGGCAAUGCGCAGGUUGUGAACGGGCUCCACCAGGUCGCCGAACAUGCAGUGGCGCAGGCGAUCCAAGAUUUCAAGCCUAAGUACGAUGUUCGGCGGCGUGGGUCUGGGGGAGCAUGGGCUGAUGCUGUCCUAGUGCGGGCUGGAGCACUUGAUCCCCGGCCGCUAUGCGCAGAGGGCGCCAGAGCAGGAGGAAGGUGCAUCGGUUUCUGGUGGUAG